UCAAAAUUAAAGAUGUCUGCGCCCUAGUAGAAUUAUUUGUGGCUUCCUUUCUGCAUUUUAGCUGCUUUAUCACCCAUAUUUAAACAUGAGUUUUAGUAAAGAAAGACAUGGAGGUGUUAUCGACAGAUACCUCACCUUAUAUGUGAAGUACCUUCGUGAAAAACCUGUUUUGACGAAGGCUAUUUCAAGUGGAUUGAUUGCUGGUUUAGGUGAUCUCAUUGCUCAAGUCAUCAAAUACAACCCUGGCAAAGGUCAGCACAUUAGACUGAGGAGCACAGCAGCAUUUGCGACAUUUGGAUUUGUGUUUGCUGGUCCACUGACACAUCAGUUCUACAUCUGGCUUGACCAAUGGGUACCAAAGACAGCAUCCUAUUGUGCCUUGAAGAGGAUCAUGAUAGACAGGCUCAUAUUGACCCCACCUUAUAUGCUCCUAUUCUUCUAUGUGGUGACCGUGAUUGAGGGUCAUGGCUUCAAAAUGGCAACACAGAAAAUCCGUGAAACGUUCUGGCCAGUUCUUCAGAUGAAUUGGAAGAUAUGGACUCUCUUCCAAUACGUUAAUGUUAACUACAUUCCUUCUGAGUAUCGUGUGUUAUUUGCCAGCUGUAUCUCCCUUGUGUGGAAUAUCUACUUAGCCAGCACUCGCAGGUGAGCAGGAGGGAAGAACAAGCGUCUCCAAUCUGACUUUAUGAUUAAGUACUGAUUUACCUGAUAGAUGGCACUACUUGGUUGAUACCGGUAUUGGAGUGCGAAGAUGAGAAUCAAUCUGUCGCGGAUUGAUUUUACUGCUUGAUUUUUAAGUACUGAUUGAUCAACUGGAUGGCGCCACAACUCUGCGAGAACUGCACCACGACUCGGCGAGAACUGCACCACAAAGUGGAGGACUGUUAUACAAUGUAGCCUGUAUUGAUUUGACUCUGUCACAGGUUCAGUUGGUAGGUGGCAGCACCUUAACAGUGUCAAAGUGGACUUUUGUAUCUUGUUGGACUGUUGUGUGAUUUGAGAGCUUGCUAUGACCUUGUCUUGUUAUUGUACUUGCCUGUACAUUCAUGUUACAAACGAAUCACAAGUCUCAGCGCGGAGGAGGACCAAAGUGCAAACCUAGUUUUCUUGAUAUGUAUUUCGGAGCAAUAACUCACAGUUAAAAAUCAGGCCAUAUUUUUGGGGGAUAGCCUUAAAAAAAUCACUGCUGCAUUUAAUUUUAACCCGGUAUCUUUCAAUAAUUAACUAACUGUGAAGCAUAUACAUGUUCAAUGUACAUGUAUACGGAAGACAAACUCCAAGAUGGUGCUGGUAGACAGGUGGAUCUUUAUCUGUGCUUUUUUGCAUGUGUUCCUCAAGUUCCUGGUCACGAUUGUGUAAGGAAGGUCUGUCUUCAUCCAUUGCAUUAAAGCCUCAAGUGUUCGUCCACCAGUUCAUAGCAUGAAUUUGUCUCAUAGAUAAAUCAUAUUUAGUCAAAUGAUUUUAAAUAUUCCUAUUUUUCCACGACACAAUGAGAAAAAUAGUUGCUUAUAUUUGAGAAAUGAACAAAACAGUGGUGAUGGUGAAAAUCUGUCUAGUCUGUGUAAAUUUAGUCUCAGCAGAUAUCCUGCUUUUGGAGUUGAGUCGUCUGAUGAACAUUGCUGGACCAUCGUUUAAUUGCGAGGAAAGUCUUAAAUGUCGGUCUUGCACUAGUGUUUCGGUGGUCUGGUUCAUUGUGUUGUCCAAGUUGUAGGUUUUUUAGCAGGAGAUGGGCUUUGUCUUAAUAUUUAUUAUUUAUUAAAUCAUGUUAUCAAUCUAAAGAAUAAGAAACGAACCAUGUUCUACAAUAAAUGAAUAAAGUAUUUUUG